AUGAAUAUUACCAAUAACAAUAAUAUAAUGAUGACACAAAAUUCAAGUGCAAAUAAUCAAAUACAACAACAAGAUUUAGUCUUGCAUACAUAUAUUGAAUAUGAAAACUUAAACAAACAAUAUCAUGACAAUGAAAUAACAUUAAAACAACGACGAAUAAGACAACAAGUACAAUGGAAAAAUCAACUAAAAACAUCAUAUGAAUGGCAAUAUGAAGAACGUCGAAAAAAUAAAUGGUUACAACGACGAGAAAACGCGAAAGAAGAAGAUUUGGAUCAUGAAUUAGAAGCGGAACGUGAAGAUCAAUUGGAAAAAUUAGAGCAAGAAGAAGAUGAACAGAAAGAAAGAAAAGAACAAUGGGAACAAGAACAAUUAAAACUAUUUCAAGCUGUUGAAGAAUUCGAACAGAAUUAUAAUGAACAUGUGAGACAGAUCAACAAUAUUGAACAAAUCGACGAAGAAGAAAAACUCAGACGACAAGAUGCAUUACAUAAACAAUUGGAACAAUGUGAACAACGUGAACAUGCAGCACAACUUAAAUUUAUUGAAUGGUCAGAGCGUUUUCAACAACAACAACAACAACAACAACAACAGCAAUUCGAUAAAUCCAAUGAACUUGUUCUUCGUGAUAGUAGCAGGGAAUCUAUACAAAAUAAUGUUCCUAUAUUCAAAAAACAACCAUCAAAGGCAAAUAAAUCCGAUUUAAUAUCCAAUACAAUAUUUCAAUUGAUUGAAAAAUAUGGUACACCAAUGCAUGUUAUCGUUCGUCGCUCAAUUCAAGAUGAUAAAAAUAAUGAUGAUGAUGAUGAUGAUGAUGAUGAUGAUGAUGAUGAUGAUGAUGAUGAUGAUGAUGAUGAUGAAGAUUGUGAUUGUAAUGAUUAUGAUGCGGAUGAAGACAUAGACUGGAUAAAAAUUAUUAAUGAUGAAGAUUUAUUACCACAAGAACAACAACAACAAGUACAAGUAACAUCAUCAUUCAAUUUACGACAACGACGACCAUUAAUUUCAAUUCGAACAAAGAAAUAUAUUCAACCAAUUCAACGUGAAUUAGAAGAUAAAGAUUAUGUAUUAUUGAAAGUAUAUAAUAGUCAAACAUAUUAUUUAUGUCAAACAAGUGAAAUAGAACAACAUAUAUCUGAAUAUAUGAGACGUACUUGUGCCUAUUCUUUGAUUGAACAUAAUAAAAGAGUAAAAACAUUAUUAGAGAAACUACAUACUAAUAAAUCUAUCAGUUCUAUUCAAUUACAACAAAUGAAUAUUGUUGAUGAAUCAAAAGUUCAAAUGGAUUAUCUAUCUUUUCAACCAGAUACACGUCAGCAAGAAGUACAUUGUCAACCCAUAAUGACUUGUUGUUUGGGACCUACAAUUAAUGUUUCUCGACAUUUAAAACGUCUUCUUCAACCUAUUUAUGAUCAAACAGCUAAAUCAAUAACAUUUUUCAAUGGAGCUGAUGCUAUUGAUGCACUUGAAUCUUAUCAACACAAAGGUUAUCUUCAAUCAAAUACUUUCUUUAUUACUAUUCAUAUUAAUAAUUUAUGUUCAACUUUUCCACAUGAUUAUGCUAUUCAAACAUUAGAACGUUUUCUUAAUAUUUAUUUACCUGAAAGAGAAAUUCAAGGAAUGACAAUUGAAACUAUUCUUGAACUUGUUCGUUUAGUUCUUCAAAAUCAAAUCUUUUUCUAUCAUGAUACUAUCUAUCAACAAGUAAAAGGUUGUGGAUCUGGUUCACUAUUAUCUUCAUUAUUGGCUGAUAUCUAUAUAUUUUAUUGGCAACAAGAGUUAGUCAAUAGUUUAAUGACGAAAAAUGAAUUAUUUGGCAGAUGUCUUGAUGAAAUAUUUAUAACUUGGAAUGGAUCGGUUGAUGAAUUUCGUACAUUACUCAAUUCAACGCUUUAUCAACAGCAACAAUUAUCACCAUUUUUAUUAACAGUUUCAAUUGAUAAAACAGUCACUUAUCUUGACGCGGAAAUAAGUCAUAUUAAUGGUCGUCUUCGAACUCAAGUUAAACACAAUCUACAAAUUGAACCUUAUUCUUUACCAUAUAUAUCUAAUCAAUUGUUACCAAUCGAUAAUGAUAGAUCGAUAUCAUCAUUAAUUCAAGAAGCUCUUCUUCGUGCUGUACGAUCAUGUUCCAAUAUAUUCGAUUUUGAACAUGAACAAAAUUUUAUUCAUUGGUCAUUAGAUCUUAAUAGUAAUACACGAUCUUUAUAUGCGUAUCAUGAUAUUUUGAACGAGAUAGGAAACUUUUUCACUCACUUUACUAAUGGUGAAAUUUAUUUGAACCCAAAUGAUUACGGUAAGCUUCGUCAUCGUGUUCGUCAAUAUGAUUAUAAAAGAAUAAGAACUGAAAUUGAACGUCGUAAACAAGCACAGGAACAAGAAACAUGGUAUAUUUCAUAUCCAUUCAAAAACAAGCGAUUCACAUACUUUAAACAAGAUUUUGAACGUAUCUGGAAUCGUCACUGUCUUCACGAUUAUGAAUCAGAUUCUGACAAAUUCAAUAUUGAAAUGAUUUGUCAAAACCAAUAUCCAUCAAAAAAUAAAUAUUAA